AUGUCAAUCAAAUUACUAUCAACAUCAAAAUGUUUUGGAGGGGAAAUUAGAAGAUACUCCCAUCAAUCAGAUACAUUAUCAUGUGAAAUGAAAUUCCAUGUUUAUGUACCACCAAAAUCUGAUAAAAAACCAUCCAUUCUUUAUUUUUUGGGUGGUUUAACAUGCACAGAUGAAAACUUUAUUCAAAAAGGUGGUGCUCCUCAAUAUGCCGCCAAUUGCAAUAUCUUUUUAGUUUGUCCAGAUAGCUCACCACGUGGUGUACCAGCUGGUGAAGAAGAUUGUUGGAGUGGUCCUGGUGCUGGUGCUGGUUAUUAUCUUAAUGCCUCAAAUGAAAAAUACAAGAAACACUAUAACAUGUAUGACUAUAUCACCAAAGAAUUAUACACUCUUAUUAGUACCGAAUUUAAAGAUUUAACAAACACUGAAAAACAAUCAAUCUUUGGUCACAGCAUGGGUGGUAUGGGUGCUUUAAAUAUUUUCUUCAAAAAUUCAAAUCUUUAUAAAUCAAUUAGUGCAUUUUCACCAAUUUCAAAUCCAAUUAAUUGUGAAUGGGCUAGUAAAGCAUUAAAAUCUUAUUUAGGUGAUGAUCAAUCAAAAUUGGAAGAAUAUGAUCCAACAUUUGUAUUAAAAUCCUACAGUGGUCCAAAAGUUGACCUUCUUGUUGAUAUUGGUACUGCAGAUGAAUUCUUCAAUGAUCUUAAAGUCGAUAAAUUAAAAGAAGUAAACAAUCAAAACAUUAAUCUUACAUUAAGACAUCAAGACGGUUACAACCAUGGCUAUUUUUAUGUAUCCACCUUUAUGAAAGAUCAUAUCGAAUUCCAUUCAAAAUAUUUAAAUUAA